CGUGCAGGCUAGCCGUUGGGUGCAGCGGGAGACGCGCGCGGGACACACGAGGGAGCUGGUCGCCUGCACGCUGUGGCCUCGCUUCAACGGUGCGGGACCUCGGGCGCGCGUUCAGCACUGCGGACAUUGUGUGCUAAACAGAUCUUUUGUGUUCAGGACCUUACUACUGUCAUUAAACGAAAACAUUACGCAAAGAAGUGAGAAGAAAAUAUAAGAUAAUCAAUCUUGAAUGAACUAGAAAUGAAAGCAGAUUAAUAAUACAAGAAAAAAACAACAAAACAAGCAAGAUAGAAAAAAAACAAAAAGCGAUCGCGAACUCUUAGGACUGUUGAAAUCUAAGGUGCCAAGUUUUACGAAGGUGACCCUGAGGAUUAAGGUGUGUUGCCUCAAGGUGAUCAUCUGUUGCACCUGAUCGUCGCUUUCAACAUCUUCAACAAUCUUCAACAACAGCGGGGUACUUUUUACCGGCUAUAAUAAAUCACCUUACUUUAUUUAGUGAAGAAAACUACUACUGGCUACUAUUUUUCCGUUUUCAAGAAUCUGCUAAGUAGUUUUUGGGUUUAUUGCUAAUUCUAAUAUAAGUGAAUCUAGUUUCUUAUUCUUUUUCUUUAUUUUCCACGUUUCGUUUUGCUUUCUCUCUAUCUCUGUCUUUCUUCUUCUUUAUCUCUCUUUUACGGUCCUCUUUUCUUCCUUUUUUUCUCAACGUUUCAAUUUCACCUUCUUUAUCUAUUUAGCCAGGCAUUUAUUUGUUUAUCUUUUUUCUCAUUCCCCCUUUUUUCUUUUUUUUCUUCUUCCUCUUCCUUUUUUCUUCUUCCAUAUCUUCGUCCUUCCCAUCUUUCCACCUACCACAAAACUCUCCCUCUUCGGCUCCUCCCCUUUCCUGUCAAUUGACCAAUCAACUCCCAGAAAUACUCUACAAGCCCCGCCUACUUCGCGCAGAAACGUUUCUGAAGCUCCGAGCACUUUGAGCAAAAACGUUUCUGAAGCUUCGAUCUCUUCAAAUAAAUGUAUUUCUGAAGCUCUGCCCACUUUGAGGGAGAACGUUUCUGAAGCUCCGCCUACUCAUUGAAAGGAAUACUGUCGACUCCGCCCACCUCCUCCCAGAAGUUUUACAGACUCCGCAAACCUCCUGCAGGGGGAGGAAAUGAAGCUGUUGGUGGUUUUAGCCAUGUGUGCCUGCGCGGUACCCCCCUCCAAAGCAGGUCACACGCCGACCCUCCUCCCUGACCUGCAAAAGCACCGAGAUCAAGAAUCAGGUCAGCCUCCAGGUACGCUAUCCUCAGGUCACAGGGACGCUCGAGCACCACCAGGUCCUCCUCCUGCCCCUCCUCCUCCUCCUCCUCCAAGCAGAGAUGGUGAAGGUCGACCUUGGAGUUGGAGGAGCAGGUCGUCGACGCAAGGAGCACCCAGGUCUGAUACUGGGUUUGGUCAGCUGGUGCGGAUCAAGAGGAAAGCCAUCGACUCGACUCACCUCUGGCCCGACGCGCUUGUGCCCUACACCUUCCAGCACCCCGAACCCGACCGCCAGAUCGUGAAAGCGGCGCUGGCUCACUGGGAGAACCACACGUGCCUCCGGUUCCAGCCUGCCAACGACACAAAUUUCCCGCACCUGCAGUUCCGGAAGCUGUCGGGCUGUCGCAGCGGCGUGGGCAUCGAGGGCACGGGAGGGCAGAACAUCUCCAUUGGCGACAACUGUAAUAAGCUGGGCAUCGUGGUCCAUGAGGUGGGUCACGCCGUGGGCUUCUACCACGAGAUCCGACGCCCCGACCGAGACGAGCACGUGGUUGUCAACGAGAAGAAUAUCUUGAAGGACGAGAGAUUUAAUUUCUACAAGCUGCAUUGGCUCGACGUUUCGAUCAAGUACGAUCUGUCUUCGGUGAUGCAUUAUAAUACCUUGGAAUGGUCGGCCAACGAACGGACAACAGUGGCCACGAAGGAUCCCAUGUUGCAAGGCCUCAUAGGCAUGUGGAAGAGAGAGAGCUAUGUAGGCCUCUCCCAUCGCGACAAGCUCCUGGCCAACACGAUUUACGGAUGCCUCGACACGUGGCUUGCAAAAUGCAACUUGAACCGGAAUCCUUGCAAGAAUGAAGGUUACCUGGGAGAAGGUUGCACGUGCAUUUGCCCCCCCGGCUCGGAGGGGCGACUCUGCGAAAUCGUCACGGGAGGAUAUUACGAUCACCUGAAAAGCCCGUGCAGCGUGGAGGUGAAAUACCCGACUGUCAUUACGUCACCUAAUUACCCUAAUCAUUACGACGCAGGUACCUGGUGCGUGUACCGGCUGCAGGGCGAGGAGUGCCACGCCCCCGAGAUCACCAUCCACGACUUCCAGAUGGGCCCCAGGGACUUCCGCGACCAGUGCUUCCACGAUUACCUCGAGAUCAGGAAUGACACGCUCUACGAUGGAGUCAUCAAGUGCGGAACGGACGUGGCUCGAGGCACGCGCUGGGUCGCCUCCAGCAACACCAUGAUCCUCUACUUCAAAGGGGACGAAGGAGGGCAUCGAGGAUUCAAGGCCACGGUGUCCUUCAACCCGAUUCCCGGAUGUUGCAGGACUCACACUAACUCCUCGGCCUUUUUCUUGCACACGCCCGGGUAUCCGAAUCCGUACAAUGCGGAUUUCCAUUGUACGUACGCUGUGCCGCCGGAAGCACCAGCGAAGGUAGUGGUGUCUGUGGUGAAGCGAGGAGGAGCGGAGGGCGGAGACCAGUGGACCUGCUCCCUCAGGCUCUGUCAACCUCACGGACGCUGUAAUAGGCACUGUCGCGGACUAAGAAAACAGGGAUUGUCUCAAGAACAGACCAAAGAGGUUGUGUUGCCCAAUGUUGCGUCGUUGCACCAUCUGCAAUACAGUGGAGACCCGCCCCUGUUCAACGCGGAAUAUGCAGCUUAUCAAGUGGCUUUUGUAUUGGAGGAAUCGCCCUGUCACAAGAUCUUGACCGUGAACCGCACCGAACCGCAAGGCUGGAUCACCGUCGGACCGCGGUUCUUUGAGCUGGUUCAGUGCGAGUGGUGGAUCGAGGCCGCGCGAGGAAGCCACGUCAAGCUGAGUAUCGUCGACCUCCAGCUACCAGUCCACGAGGAUUCCUAUCUGGUCGUCAACGAAGCAGGGGAGUCGUCCUACCCUCCCGCCACGACCCGAGUGUACCCUGGCGACGGAGGAAACGUGCCCAAGUCCUGCGUGUCCUUGGAGCACAAGUUAUCGGUCGUGUUGCAGGGAGAUUUCAUCACAGAGGUCACCAUGAAAUACGAACUCUACGAGUGCGUAGACAAGGACGAGGAGUGCGAGUACUGGGCGGUGAACGGAGAGUGCGACAAGAACCCGUUAUGGAUGAAGGUUUUCUGCAAGAAGUCCUGCUUGCAAUGCGAGUUCACGACCCUCUGCGACGACAACCACAACGACUGCGAAUUCUGGGCCAGCCACGACCAGUGCGAGGAGAAUUACCUAUGGAUGCAAGUUCACUGCAAGCGCUCCUGCGGCCGAUGCGACGAGUGCUGGGACGCCAACAUCCUGUGUCCCGAGUGGGCGAACCUCGGGGAGUGUGAAGGAAACCCGUCCUACAUGAACCGCUUCUGCAGGAAGUCUUGUGGCCUUUGUCUCAACCUUAUCGUGACGACGGCGAAGCCCUCAACUGGCCUUACUACGGCGCCGUCGUUCCUCCCGACCGUCGCCGGGCCUCGCUCUACGACCACCACGACCACAACGGCGACGCCCCCGACGCUCACUCCCAAGCGCAGGCCGGGCAAGAAGGUCCCCUCGAGUCGCAAGGAGAAGGACGACAAGGAGAACGAGACCUCGAAGCCCUCCAAGAACAAGGUCCCAAAGCCCCAGAGGAAGCCCGACCUGGAUCAGUACGAGAAGAACGACGUGAACAGGAUCUCGGAGGGCAAACGGCAGCCCAAUAUCUACGACCAGAAGCCACACGGCAAGCCCAGGGUCAAAAAGCCCUUCAACAAGCCCCGUAGUCCAAAGCUGUUCAGGAUGAACAACUCGGUUGUGGACCAGGGACCUGAGGGAGGCAGACCUCCAGUGAACAGGAAUCUUCUGAAGGGCAACCAGACACUGUCGUCUCCGCACAACAGGCAAGGAGGUCCCCCUAGACCGAAGAAGAAACCGGACCAGGCGAGACCAAACCUCAAGGCCAAGAACGAUUUGGACCAAGGACCUGCCAACGUUCGAGGAGAAAGACCACGCCACUCGCCCUGGCAGUCCAAGCCGAGAAAGGGGCCUCCUCAUCCCAGGCCGACCACGACCCCGCCGGACGUGCCUCACCACUCUGCCCUCACAUCAGAUGCAGUCAGCGAGUCUAGCGAAGAGGCAGAUGGAGGAAAUGAAACGUUUGCGCAUGGAGGGGAUUUCAAGUCCCAAGGCCUCGCUGGAACGAAACAUGCCACCCGUAACGAGGCUUCAGUACACCCACACGCUUGUAGAGACCGGCCAGGAGGAUACAUAUGUGGAAGCAUCAGCCCUUCCAAUAGUAAAGGAGGAAGGGUAAAUCCUUACAUGAAGAGAAAUCCCAACAAUUCCAUUUUCAGAAGGAAAGACAACACAAGCAACAGAAGGAAUGUCAACGGGACAAAACUCCAUGGCGGACGCGUCCAGAUGAAGAAGCACAGGAGGCAGAAGAAUCGCGGAAGAUUGCACAACAGAGACAACAAAGCUGGAAGGAACGUCACGGGCAGAGGUUUCCCGUCGACACACAAGCAGAAGAAGAAGUUUAAGAAAGGAAAGUGGAGAGGACGUGACUGGAGGCACCGGUCCCGCCACCCGAGCAAGGGAGGCCAGCGAAGCAAGCAAGAAACUUCUCAAGUAAGAAAGGCGCAGCAGGCAGAUGAUCUCGAGCGAGAGGCGGUGCGAGGACACCGGCGCUGGAACAGAAACAAGGGGAGACAGGCUGGAAGAAACCAUCCAAAGAAGCACAAGGGAAGACGUCCUGGGCAGAACAGAACCAACAACUCCACUACACAUUCUAACAGAACCCAAGUAUCCACCACAACCCCAACUCCCUUAAAAACUCCCCAACACACAAACAUUUCAGUCUCUACCACAGAGGCAACAUUCACAACUACCCUUACUCCUGCCACGACUCAGAUCCCACUUACUUCUAAAUCUAUCCAAAUCCCAUCUAUCCCAACACCUACAGGACCUUCCACACUUAAAAUUGACUCAUUAACCAUUGAUUCACCGACCGCUGACUUACUUUCCACUGACCUACCCGUCGUAGAUUCCUCCGUACCUCAGACACCUGUGCCAGAUGUCCCGGAUUCUGUUUCACCCAGGCCUAGCGUACUCACCAAUACAACAGCGAAACCCAGGCUUAUUACAACUACACCACGCAACAAUAGGACCGUGCCCACACAUCGGAAGAAUAAACAUUCUCGGAAAAAAGGUCAACGGCGCAGUUCUCACCAAGAUCCUAAUCGUUACCAGCCGUCCACCACCCCGAGACCUUUCGCGAAAAACGCAACUGGUCCUCUGCCCAACAACAGAAACGUCGCUGAAGAAGAAACGGCCUUGGCUCCACAGGGAGAACACCCCCACAGACACAACCACCAUGGAAAGCGGGGACGUCGACGCAAGAUUGGCAAGGACGAAGUGCAACACAACAAGAACAAGAAGGGUUCAGGGCACAGGUUUGGUAAGCUGGAUCGCAACGCAACGCAUUCCGGACAGCAAAGGCACAGAGAUGGAAUGCGAAAGGUGGGCAAGAGUAAACACAAAUACAAAGGAGACAAACGCCAUGGAAAGGAUGAUUCUGUAGCUCGUCCAGGUGAGGGAGGGCUGCGCGUCCCACAUCAUCGCAAUCAAGAUGGCGAAGACUCUAAUAUUCAAGAUGGCUUAGAUGACCAAGAUGACGACCAAGACACCUCCAAUAGCAAAAACAAGGAGAGUUCCAGGAAGGAGGAGGAAGACGAAACCAUCACCGAAGGUCAGGAUAAUUCAGAACCCGAGGAAGAUGACCGCCCAUUGGAAGUGGAUGGAAGCAGAAGACUUCACUCUAACGCCAAGAAGCAUGCCAAGGAUAGACACGGGCCUCGCCGAAACAAACCAAACACCUUAAAGCUAAACAAUACUUCUAAACCCCACCUUCGUCGAAAAGGUAAGCAUUUCCUCAAGCGCACAGGGAAAACCGGGAAUCCCAGAUACGGUAAGUCUCGCAGGAACAAAAAGGCCCCUGGUUUCCACAAGAAGAAUGCCACCAUCGCCACCGCUCGUCCCAAUGUCAUCGUCACGGGCUCUCCUGGCCUGCACGAACAGAGCAAGGCCUCCGGACGAAGCGACAUAACCGAGAACCAAGUUUUGUCAACCGUGAAAUCAGGUCACCAUCACCAUAUCCCAAAGAGAGAGCCCCAUCAGUUAGAAGAUCAGCAAGAAGAGGCCGAAGAGGAACCCGAAAGCAAUGCAAUCCUUCCGUUCGAUGAUGUGGACGAAAACGGGGAGAGAGAGCAGGAAAUGCAGUUGGAUGCCACAAGCACUGUUUCGUCUCUAAAUCCUGAGGAGCUUCCGACUUGGACGGAAGCGGAGAAAGACCAGGAAGAUAGAAGUAAGAGUAAAAUCGAGGUGGAAAACGUAGGAAAGGGAGAGAUGAAAAACACAGAUGACAUUUUAGAGAAGGAAGAAUAUGAAGACGAAGCAGGAGAUGAGGAAGGAGUCGCAGAAGGUAGUGAAGACGAGAAAGCAAACGCAGAGGCGAGCGAAGACGAAGAAGAGGCAGGCGAAAAAGCCGACACGGAGGAAGCGAAUGAAAACGAACACAAAACAGAGGAAACGUUAGACUUAGAGAUAACCGAAGACGAAGACACUGCUCAAGAAAGGGCGCCUAGAAGGUCGCCGGAAAAAUAUGCAGAAUGGGGCAUUGGACCGCUCAGACCCCCACACCGAAGCUCGCGGAGAUCCCGUCCAGGUUGGAGAUUCCAGAAGACGUUUUACAGACGAGGCCACAUCUACGAGGACAUCCGAAGGAAGGAGAAGUUAGGAGGGAGUGACUUCAUCGACAGACCGUCGAUGCAGCCGCCGAGUCACGAGACAAGGAGAGGCUAGAGGAAGAAGACGAUACUAUUUUUUUGAGUGCAGGAUACGACUGAAAAUAAAGUAAUGGUUACUUCUGUUUCCUUUUCACCAUCAUCAUCCUUCUACUCUUCCGUUUCUUCAUUUUUUUUCUCUCUCUCUUCUUUCUUUUAAAGCCUUCUUUUCUGCCAGUUGUUCCUACUUUAUAUUUUCGAUCCCUUUCGUUGUCCCUCUAGGUUCUGUUUAUAAGGUCCUUUCACUGAUCUUCAUAUUAUUGCAAAGAAAAGAGAUCUCACUGAAGUAGCCAACACCAACGUUUUACUAAUGAAUAAGUAGAUAAAGAAAUAAAGGAAGAAAUACAUGAGUAGAUAGAUAAAGAAGACGGACAGAAAGAACAGAAAGGACUUAAGUAAAUUCCUUUGAAUUUCAGUGAAUGAAAUACAUAAGAAAUUUGUCUUCUGGUGAUUCCCGAGGAAGUAAUUUAUCAUAGAUAAAAAAUACAUUUGCAUAAUAUGUGUCCUUUAGGGUUAUGCAUGCAUGUCUGAAUAAUUGUGAUAGGUGUGUAUUGUACAUAAAAAAAUAAGAUGAUAGUUGGCUUGGAAGUCAAGUAUCUAGCUAACGACUAAGGUGAACUAUUAGGUACUGUUAAUAGUCGUUUAACGAGUAUCAUUUCAUACUAAAGUCGUCCUUUGCGUUUAAUGCCUGUUUUUAAUGUCUCGCCAAUGACAAUACAUGUAGUGGAGCUUUUUAUGAGUGUGAGAAUAAUCUUCUAUGGUCCUGUUUUAUGGUCCUGUUUUAAUGUGAAGAUUGAGUUAUUUUGAAUGAAAUAUAUUUUGUCAGUUUAAUGUGAAUAAUGUGUUGAUUUUGCAUGGCAUUAAUUAUAUUUUGAACUUUCCUUAGUCAGAAAAAGUAUGUGUUUUACACUGGUCUUACUUGUUGGUGUAAAUAUUUUGACAUGAUUAUUUUUUUCUCUCUCUCUAAUCUUAGGUUCUCGCCACUGCCAGCAUUGAUAUAAGUUAACUAGGUAAUAAAUACAUAUCAGUUUUUAUUUCUCUAUUUCUAUUUGUACCUCGGCACUGUAGUAUUAACAAAUAGGGAAUGAACAUGAAUUAUACUAAUAACAAAUAGGUAAUUGGAUCUACCUUGAGGAUAUAAGGAACGGAAUGAAUUUCGACGAGACAAAAGAAACAUUUUUUUUUUAUGCAUAUUCUGCUACGAUUCUACAGCGACAGAAAAUACACCACAAAUGAACUUUUCUAGUAAACUGAUUUUUUCGUAUCUUUGUCCAUAUAUUACCGUGGCAAGUUUGCAAGAAUCAUGGAAACUUGGAAGUAAAUGUUUCGUCGACCAAGAAAAUAAUUCGAACAUUCUCAUUUGACCAAUAAAGUUCUCUUGAUAUUUUUUUUUCUCUCAAGCUGUCUGAAAGUUCACUGGACAGCGUUUAUAUUAACGGUGGUCUGCCAAAGGGCUUUACUCGGACUUUUAUUUAUUGCUGAGGUAUUCAUUGUUCUUUGGAGUUCGUGCUAUUGAAGGCGCAAAAUAAAAUAGUUUACGCUCUCUCUCUCUCUCUCUCUCUCUCUCUCUCUCUCUCUCUCUCUCUCUCUCUCUCUCUCUCUCUCUCUCUCUCUCUCUCUCUCUCUCU